AUGACUGGUACAGGUGGUCAAGUAGCCACAUUCUCUGUGUGGGACUAUGUGGUGUUUGCUGGAACAAUUUUGGCGGCUGCUGGCGUUGGCCUUUUCCAGGCUAUCCGGGGCCGUAAGGAGACCAGCAGCGAUGAGUUCUUGUUGGGUGGACGGCAAAUGACAGCUGUGCCAGUUGCCAUGUCACUCACUGCCAGCUUCAUGUCUGGCAUCACAGUAAUUGGCACACCUGCUGAGGCCUACCGUUAUGGAACUGCUUUCUGGCUCUUUGGCUUCUCCUAUGCCAUCAUGUCUGUCGUCACUGCAGAGAUCUUCGUCCCUCUUUUCUACCGACUGGGAAUCACCAGCGCCUACGAGUACCUGGAGAUGCGCUUCAGCCGGCCCAUUCGGUUGAUUGGGACGUCAAUGUACAUUGUGCAGACGGCUCUGUACACAGGUUUGGUCAUCUACGCUCCAGCUCUCGCACUAAAUCAAAUCACUGGACUUGAUCUAUGGGGGGUGCUGGUGGCUACAGGAGCAGUAUGCAUCGUCUACUGCACUUUGGGCGGCCUAAAAGCAGUAAUCUGGACAGAUGUGCUGCAGAUGGUGAUCAUGCUGGCAGGUUUUGUGGCUGUCAUAGCUAGAGGAGCUGUACUGCAGGGAGGCCUGACGAGGAUUUGGGAAGACUCCCGCGAAGGAGGCAGACUUGACGCUUUUGAUUUUGACCCAGAUCCUCUGAAGCGACAUACUUUCUGGACCAUUCUGAUUGGUGGCAGCGUGAUGUGGGUGUCUAUCUAUUCAAUCAACCAGUCCCAAGUGCAACGCUACAUCUCCUGUAAAACCUUGGGUCACGCCAAAAUGUCUUUGUAUGUAAACAUGGUUGGCUUGUGGGUUACUGUGAGUCUGGCUGUGUUUUCUGGCCUCACCAUGUACUCCAUUUACAAGAGUUGUGACCCACUUGAAAAUGGUGAUAUAACUACUCUUGAUCAGAUGCUUCCUUAUCUUGUGAUGGAUAUUCUGGCAGCGUACCCAGGAAUCCCUGGCUUGUUUGUGGCUGCUGCAUACAGUGGGACCCUGAGCACUGUGUCUUCAAGUAUCAAUGCCCUAGUUGCUGUCACUGUGGAAGACUUUAUAAUGCCUGUGUGCAAAACCCUCACACCGAAACAGGUGACCUGGAUGAACAUGGGCCUGAGUGUCUUCUAUGGUGCUGUGUGUAUCGGGAUGGCCGGAGUUGCCUCAACAAUGGGAAGUGUCCUGCAGGCAGCUCUGUCCAUAUUUGGUAUGAUCAGCGGGCCCCUUCUCGGUCUUUACCUAUUAGGCAUGCUCUUUCGCACACCAAAUUCAAUAGGAGGACUUGUGGGAAUGAUCAUUGGUCUGAUGUUGACUCUGUGGGUGGGAAUCGGAGGCCAGCUUUACCCACCAACAUCUGAAAAGACAAUGCCUCUCCCAGUCAGCACUGUAGGCUGUAACAACACAAUAGGCCAGAACUACACGACUGCAGCUCCCUGGACCAGUCCAGUGACUCUUACCACACAGCAAGAGUUCAGGCCAGAUCUAGCAGACUCCUGGUACUCCCUGUCCUACCUCUACUUCUGUCUGUUGGGCACAGUGACCACGAUUGUGUCUGGCAUGCUGGUGAGCAUGAUGACAGGUGGUUGCAAACAAAAGAAGCUGAGUUCUAAUCUGUUUGUGAGGAAGCGUGAUCUGAUCUGUUUCAGCUACUGCAGUAAAUCAGAGGAAUCCGACAAUAAAGAAAAGGCUGCAUCAGACAUUCACAUGAGUGCCGACAAGUCAACGUUACCAGACUACGAAGUGAUGACUAAAGAUGUUGAAAAAGCUACCAAACUGUAA